UUAAAUUACCCAUAUGACCCCUUAUAGUACCCUAUACGUAUUUUCGAAUUCUGCUCGCGGAACACAAAACUAUAUAGACCAUUGGAUUUUAAAUUUCCCGUGGACAGAUAUUUCCCGAUAUCCUAAAAUAUGUAGGUAUAGCCGGUAUAGGGUAGACACUAGACACCGAGAAAUGCAGGUUACAAAGUUGAAAGGUGUACCCAGUUGUCGUGGACAUGCUGCAGUACCUACAUGUCAUUAUAUAAUUGUUAUGUUGUUCAGCGAAUGGUCGCAAGAGUUCAACAACUACAAUUGGAAAAAAUAUCAUAGUAGCUGGAAGCCGGACACCGGAUAUAGAAGCGACGCGCUGAUAGGUCAUUUGCCUCUGAGGACGUUUGGUGACGGUGAUUAUCACAGUGCUACUAUGAAGUUGGAACUUCACUCCGAGGACAUGAACAAACAAUGUGCACAGGGGUUGGACGUAUUCUACAUAUUGAUCCACAGUCCGGCCGAAUGGCCCGACAGGUCACAUCCAACAUUGUUAGCCAGCGUCAAUAUGAUCUCGACUAUUUCAAUUAAACCGUAUGUGGUUACUACCGCCGAGGAGCUGAUACCGUGGGAUCCCCAAAUAAGACAUUGUUACUUUCAAAACGAGAGAAAACUCAAAUUUUUCAAAGUUUACACUAAAAAUAAUUGCAUUUUGGAGUGUCGCAGCUUUAAUAUUUUGGCGCAGUGUGGCUGUGUGCCUUUUUAUUACUUAAGAACGAAAAACACGCCAGUUUGCGGACCUGCUAAAAUGCCAUGUUGGGUUACUGCGUCACAGACUUCGUCGGAUGCAUGUGAUUGUUUACCGGGAUGCACUGAAUUUUUUUUCAAAACAUCGACAAUGAAUGCGCAACUCACUGAAUCUGUAAAAAAAGAAAAUGAAACUGACCUAGCACCUAGUUCGGUGAUAUUAAGUGUUUAUUAUCAGAGUAAAAAUUUCAUUGGACAUAAUCGAAUAAUGACUUUUACGUUCGGUCAAUUCAUGGGUAACGUGGGAGGUAUAAUGGGACUGUGCUUGGGGUUUAGCUUUUUGAGCUUGGUUGAGAUUAUUUAUUUUUUAACACUCAGACCACUCGUCAACUUUUGUAACGCAAAAAGAAAAUUGAAAAAAGUUGAUCCAACACGCGUGUUGGGAGAAGAACCAAUUUGAUCUAAUUUAGUUUCGUCGGCAGAUGAAUAGUGCCUUGCUAUUUAGUUAAAUGAACUAUUGUUAACUAUCUCUUAUAAAAUAUUAUUACAGAUAUUGCUGGAAAACCGGAGAUACGCGAUACUCUUAUACACAUAAUAAUAAAUUAUUAGUUUUCACAACAAAUUUUUAGUAUCUGAUUCUUUGUAUUUACAUAAUAUAAUAUAAUAUUUAUAUUGAAGAAAACUUUAAACUAUAAACUAUAUUGGAAUAAUGGAAUUAAUAUCAAUAAUUUGUUAUAUUGCAGUAUUGUUAUGUGCUAAACUGAU